AUGGCCUUGAAACCCGAAGACCCCUCUGGUGGGUUCAAACAUGGCGAAGUGGUGGCCUUCAUCAACGACAAGAUGGCCAGGCACACGAAAGGUCCUGAAUUCUACCUCGAGAAUAUGUCCCUGUCCUGGAGGCAGGUGGAAGACAAGCUCAGGGCCAUCGUGGAAGAUAGUGAGCUGCCCAGUGAGGCCAAGGAGGCCUGCGCCUGGAGCAGCCUGGCCCUGGCCGUGCGCUUCGCCGUCAGGCAGGGGCAGUUACAGGGGCUCAGGGUGCAGUGGCUGCAAGAGUUCUCCAAACUGCACAAGUCGGCAGCGCAGAGACUGUCCUCAGAGCUGAAGGAGCUCCAGGAGAAGCAGAAGAUGGAUCGCAAGGAGGCGGCCUUCCAGCUGCAGCAGACCCAGACCCAGCUGGAGGAGUUGCAGAAAGAGCUGAACCAGGAGCUGGACUCUCAGUCCCAGCUGGAGCGGGCUGCAGAGGGGCCAGGCCUGGCCACUGCCAGAGGGGCUGGGCCCAAAGGAGCAGAUGAGGAGGAAGAGGAGGCGGCAGCGGCUGCUGGCGCUGCAGGAGGAGGAGAGGUGGAGCAGGAUGCUGAGGGAGCUGUCCCCGUGGAGGCCGCACAGGAGCCGGAUGGAGAUCUGCAGCUCUUGGGAGCCGUGGAGCAGAAAAAUUACACCUCUGGAGGGCAGGGGGGGAAAGAUCUGAGGUCAGUGGAAACAGCCAUGACUUAUGUCUCUGAGACCCUGAACCCCCCGUCCACAUUCUCGCCGGAGUUCCUUCCUGUCCAGCUCCCUGACUCAUUCACAUACUCCUAUGAAUGCCCUUUCUCCCCCUUCCUAUACUCACCACCACCUGCAGCCGUGCCACAGGCUGCACCUCAGAUGCCUCCCUACUGGGGGGCCUCUGGUGUUACUCUGUGGUCUGAUGUGAGGGCUCAGGGAAUAGACCCUCCAGAACUCCAAAGGGACUGGAGGCACUCCCGAUCCUAUCACCGGAGACAAGGCAUAGAACACAGCGGUCAAGAACUCUUGGAAACUGAAGUGAAAGAAAGUAUAGAUAUUGACACCUCCUUCAGCUUUUUUCAAAAAGUGAUUGAGAAAAAUGCAGUUGGUAUCAUACAGUCCUAUCCCAUGUCUCCUAAGGUCACUGAUUGCAAACAGAACCUGACGGUUGUGCCGUCCCUCCACAGCCAAAGAGCAAAGGCCCCACAGGCAACUUUGUCCCUUCCAUACUGA